AUGGAAACCUCUGCAAUCUCCAAUGCAAGCCUUGAAGCUGAGACCAUGGCACAAGGAAAGUGGCCUUGGUCUUCACACCCAAUCCAGCUCCAAGAUCCUUCUGCCUCUCCCUCAGUGCAGCUAAUUACUUAUGAAGAUCCUCAAUAUGCUUUUCCAGCUUAUCAGAGGCAGAUUUGGUCUCUUUGUAAUCUACAACCAGUGCAUCCAGCUUUGACUUCUGCUUCUGAUAGUCUACCAAGUUGGCUUCAUGCUUAG